AUGGCACAGAACAAUGUAAGUAACAACCAAACGAAUAGCCAAAUGAGUGACGAACUGAUGAGAGAUGUCAGUGCUCUCUAUCGGGCAUCACGUCGUGGGGAUGUACAAGCUUUGGAGUAUUUGUUGCAGCAAAACGCAUCCAUUCUUGACAGCAUUCCAGAUGACGGCUGUGAAACUCCCUUACACAUAUCUGCACUGCUAAAUCAUGCUCCAUUCACACAGGUUCUUCUAAAUCAUAAUGGUGACCUCGCCACCAGAAAGGAUGCCUCUGGAAGAACAGCCCUCCACUUGGCUUCUGCAGAGGAUAACUUGGAGGCCGUGCAAAGACUGCUAGAAUUUAAUGAUGAGCCAUGCUUGGUUGCUGAUAGAAAAGGAAGACUUCCUCUGCACUAUGCAGCUAUGAGGGGGAGGACAGAGGUUGCCGAAGCAUUGGUCAUAGCGCGGCCAGAUUCUCUAGGUUGUCUUGACCCUGGAAGGAACAGUGUUUUUCACUUGUGUGUCAUGUACAACCAUUUCAAGACUCUGCGAGUAUUGGUGAAAUUGGACUAUGCCACUGCCAAUGUUACUGUAGGCGCGCCUCGUGCUCCCAUCUUUACGCUCCCUGAUCAUAUGGGAAACACCAUUCUCCAUUUAGCCGUCAUUAUUGGGGAUACUACUAAUUUUGUAGAAGAGAUUAGGGGGAAUGUGAGGGCGGCAUCUGUUUUCAUAGCAACUGUAAGCUUUCAAGCUUUAAUUAAUCCACCAGGAGGCCUCAUUCAACAAGGCUUAUUAUCCCGAGGCAAUACCUCAAACUCAUCAUCAUCUGGCGCCCUCAACUGCACCACCCUUAAUGAUCUUCAUCAGUAUUGUCCCGGCCAAGCAGUCUCAUCCUUUCGUGACCAAAAAAGAUUUUGGGUGUAUGUGGAAGAUAUUACUCUCUCUUUCUACGGAUCAAUUUGUGUCACCCUCUUGCUUGUAAGUGGAGUUCCUUUGCAGAACAGUGCAGUCGUAUGGAUUCCGUCCUUUGGCAUGUUGUUCACUCUCUUCUUUCUUGCAUUUCCAUACCUCACCGCCCUCGACUUUAUGAUCCCAGACCAUCUUUUGACAUCCGAAUUGCACGUCGUCACUCCCUGUGCAUUUGCCUUGACUUUUAUGAUGUAUUUCAUUCUGAUGUUGCUGGUUCCUUGCAUCCGGGCUUUGUCAUUGAAAACUGCACAGAUUAUGAGAAGAUUAUCAAGAAUCUGA